GAGCUUUUGGCUAGCCUGUUGGCUGCUAGAUUGCUAUGCUUUGUUAGACAAAGCCUUGAAUUGCCCCCUGGGAUUGAGUACAGGUGCUGGUCUGAUAGUAUGGUAGCUUUGGGAUGGAUAAGAGGAGAUCCAGCUCGCUGGAAGCAGUUUGUGGCUAAUAGAAUGUCUGAGAUCGUGAGCUUGACAGAGCCAGGAAAGUAG